AUGGCUGGUGGUACUGGUCAGAAGCUCACGACUGCGACGACGAUAGUCGCAGGCGUCGCAGCUCUGGUCGCCACGCUUCUUUCUAUUGUCAAGAACUACCGAAAGCCUCUUCUGCAACGAUAUGUGGUUCGAAUCCUGUUGAUGUAG